CCCGGAGGCAGAAAAAUGCAGCAGAUUGUUCGCGAUGUUCUGCCAUUAGUAGGCAUCACCACAAACAAGACUUCGGUAGAUUUUGUCUUUAUCUUGAGGAAAAGAAUCAUGGAGGACGACGCUAAGAAGAGGGUAGAGAAGACUCGUCAGGAGUACAAGAUAAUGUGGCAAAAGGAGAAGGAGGCAGAAGAACGGAGAAAGAAAGAACUAAAGGUGGUGUCUGAAGGCUUAAGUGACUACUUCCGACGCAACAAGACGGGGACGUGGGCCCCGAUGGCUGUUGAGAUGGGUCUGACACCUGUGGACAUCGGUGUCAUCAGGACAGAGACCAUGGACCGCCAGGAACAGCUCCGGCGUGUGCUGGAACUCUGGCGGUACAACAUGAUCAUGGGGGGCUACGGACCGCAGAUCGGGGCCAACAUCAUGAUCGAGUACCUGGGAAACGCGCAGAUGUUCGACGCACUAAGGUUCCUACAGCCUAUGUUGUUGAAGAAACUCGGCAUCGACGUGGACGUAGAGCAAAUCAGAAAAGAGGUGAAGGAGAAAAUAGCUUUGGAGGCAAGACUGAAGGAGGAAGAGGAGAAAGCAAACGCAGAAGCUGCCGCCAUUGGUAACGGGAUCGUAAACGGCAUCAACGGGGAUGUCAACUGUGUAGCUUAGGGUUAGGAAGAUCCAGGGUCACAAAAAACUGCACAAAAUCAACGUCAUUCUACACUAAUAGUAGUUGAUACAUGUAUAUGAUAAGGAUAAGGCAUGUCAAAUCGUCGGGGGCGUAAACAUUUUUCACGAUACUUUCUCAGCCUUAUGAGGGGAAAUGACCACCAAGGGGCUAACUAUCUGCGUCCUAUGUGUGCAAUUGUGCUUCAUUAAUUUUUUUUUAAUUCAAACAAGAAUUUACUUUGAUUAAUUAUUCUUGGCUCGUUUAGCAUGUCAUCAGUAUUUGCUCAUCUUGUUGCGAUGAUCUUCGGACGCGAUCUGUAAGUUAACAAUCGUCAACAAAAAGCGAUAGAAACAAAGCAUAUAUGCAAUGAUUAUUCAUUGUAAUGCAUUAUAAUCAUAACAUGAUUAAGACUGGCACACUGGAAGGUUUUCUAGUCCUGGUGAUUAUUAGUAAACGUUUUCCAAGGCAUUUGAUAUUUUGGUUUUGUAGGAAGCACAUCACUGGAAUGUUUUAUUGUACUACAUGUACUCUUUUCUUGCAGAUGAAUUUAAGAUUCCUAUUUAAUUAAAUAUAUGAAAUAAUUGAUUAAAUACAUAGUGUAAUUCAUGAAAAACUCUUACAGCUCUAGAGGUGAUGCAAGCAACACGUAUUUAGCUAAUUAGGUACAAUGUACAUCAAACACAUGUUGUAGACUAGAUUUGAACGUCAGUAAAUCAUACCUAAUGGUAACAUUGGAUUUGUUUUCUAUCAAAACUAUUUAAGACGUUUAUUCAUUGCGAAUGUUUUUGUAUCUAAUAUAUUUUGA